AUGUCGACUCAGCCGCAGAAGCCAUUACCCCAGGUUGGGAAGCUUGUCAGCGUGGUUCCAGUAGGUUUAAAGGAGGCUGCCCUCGAUUCGCCGACAUUUCGUGCCACCACACUCCACUUCUCCGAUCAGAUCGAAUUCCUCGAAAGAUGGCUCGAUGGAUACGCGAAGGCCGCAUCCAAGCUCUCGAUGGAGCUUGCAGCCAUGGAGGGAAUUGUGAACACGUUUCUAUCCUACUCUAUGAACCCCCUGGUGGUCUCCGAAGCCGUGCUCGACCAUGAUUACACACUGUUGUCAAUGAGAAGGAGCGGUGACAGCUCGAGGGAUCUAUGGAACGGAUUGGUAUCCACCUCCAAACGGAUAGAAUCGCUCGUUUCCGAGCCCAUCAGAGUUUUCAUACAGGAAGAUUUGCGGAAUUUUAAGGAGACCCGCCGCCUACUCGACCAGGCGCAAAAACAUUACGAUUACUUACAGUCCCGAUAUGCAUCGCAAGCAAAGUCGAAAGAACCAUCGUCCCUAAGAGAAGAUGCCUUCCAACUCCAUGAGGCCCGCAAGGCGUACCUCAAAGCGUCGAUGGACUUUUCGGUCCAGGCUCCUCAAGUCCGAAACAGUCUCGACAGGUUGUUGGUCCGAGUGUCAUUCGAUCAAUGGCGGGAGUUCAAGACCUUCCAUAAUAACAAUGGCUCGACAUUUACGAAAUGGGCUCAGGAGAUGGAUCGUAUCAAAGGUUGGAUUCAUGAAAUGGAGGGAAGCGAGAAGUCCUCCAAGCGGGAACUUCUGUCUGCCAGGAAGCAGAUCGAAGAAGCUGCGGAGGUUGCCGUAAGGCCAUCGCGUGAGUUGGAGGACUACUCGAUCUCGACUGUCCCCUACCUUGGAUCCCGCCCUUUGUCGACACUCGAGAUGACGACAGAGGCUAGGCCGGAGAAGCAAGGGUGGGUGAAUCUGCGCACUCUCUCAGGCAAGCCCACACGCACAAUCUGGGUCAGGCGAUGGGUUUUCUUGAAGAAUGGAAUCUUUGGCUGUCUUGUACAAGGAGCCCGCACUGGUGGAGUUGAGGAAAGUGAGAGAAUAGGUGUCCUUCUCUGCAGCAUUCGCCCGGCCUUCCAGGAGGAACGCCGCUUUUGCUUCGAGGUGAAGACUAAGAGCAACACCAUCGUGCUUCAGGCAGAGACGCAAAAAGAACUCAUGGAUUGGAUUGCGGCUUUUGAAGCCGCGAAACGUAAGGCUCUAGAGCGCCCAGCGAGCUCCGAUCCUUCACUUUCCGGCAAAGACACGAUUCAAGAUCCUGCGUUUGCCAUCUCGUCUCCUCCGGCCCCCGAAUUUGCCGCUGAUCCGGCUGAUUCUCUCACCCCACACUCAAGCGAGGAACAAGGCUCAUCCGAGCGGGGUGGAAUGCUCCCUCUUCCAGACAGAGAUCCAAACGCUCUCCGGAAUAGCAGUGAUUUUGGCGCGUACAGGCGCUUGACCUCCCUGGAACCCGAAAGCUCGGCGAGAGAACACACCUCGCGUAUCAUCCAGAAACUGGAUCUUCAUCGCAAAUCCAACACGGUGCAACCCUCCAACUCUAUACCUGGAGCUGGAGGUGGCAUAGCCAGCUUGAUCUCCGCCAGUCACACCGCUCUUGGCUCCGGUACUGCUACCCCAUACGGCUCGCCGGAGAAUGAUAUCAACAGGGGCAACGAAUCUCCUACAACCUUGGCACCACCGACGCUGGCCAAUCCCCCAGCUCCUACUAGCAUGAGCAAAGCAGCCGUGAUUGUUAGCAAUGAACGGGGACUUGGAUUAGGCCAGGCCGACAAAACGGGCGGCAUGCCUAGCGGCAUGAUGGCAAACUUGUGGGGAAGUUCCAACUGGGGCUUCGUAAAUCGACUGGAACGAGAAAAAUUGGGACUCUCGGAAACGCAUCAGGACACGGACUCGGGCCACCCUCUAACUUCGCCAGUUAGUGAUUCAUCAAAACAGAAUCAGACAUCAGAAGCCAAAACCCCCGCUGGACCAAACCCCGCUAAACCAUCGGCUCCAGGCCCUCGUCAUCGACAGACAAUGAGUCUUGAUGGAAGUCCAGCCAAGGUACAGCAGGCAAUUAUGGGAGUUAUCCAUGAGUAUCCCAGCUACUAUCCGCAGCAGCUCAAAAUCCAGGAUUCUCAAUUCCGACUUUUGUUCCCCAAUGUCAAAAGAGAGGAAGCCCUGGUCAUGGUGUUCCGGGCUACGUGGAAUCCAAACGAUCAGCAAGAAUUCCCUGGAAGAGCCUAUGUGACUACACGCGAUAUAUACUUCUAUAGUCAUUAUUAUGGGCUGGUACUGACCACGAGUGUUUCUCUGGAAAGCAUCAAAGAAGUCACUGCGGCUCCUGGAAGAGACUGCGACUUCUUGUUCCUUCAUACCAUUCCACCUCCUGGCGAAGACACUCCCGGCCGAGUCACAGUCAAGACUUUCCUUGAGCCGCUGAAGCUCCUUCAAAGGCGUCUGAAUUUCUUGAUCAACGAUUCUACAGCCGUCGAGCCACUUGGUUUGGAGGCCAUCUUCAAGGCCCUCACCAAGAUGGAGACGGAUGCGUUGACUCGGACUCCCAGUGUAGACAGCUGGGAGGAUGUGGCUGCCCAAGAAGACAAGCUAGCCGACAGCGAAGGCACCACCGACCAGCACCCCGGAAGAGAUUUCCGGGCUCCAAUUUACAUUGACAAGGAUUUGGACAUACACUCCAAGAAGGCCGUCAACGGCAAGGAUGUGCCGAGGUUCAGGUUGCCUACCCAGCCCGUACAAUAUGUUCCCCAAGGGAACUUACACCUAGCAGCUGAGAAGGAGUUUGAUAUCAGUCCCAAGGCGACUUUCCAUAUUCUCUUCGGGGACAAGAGUGCAGUCUGGCAGCUUCUCUUGCAUCAGAGGAAGGCACAAGACAUCAAACAAGGACCUUGGACCAGAAAUGAAGCGCGCAACCUACGGAGGGACUUGCAUUAUCAAAUUGAGACAACCGAUAUCUUAGGACGGUCCCAGGGCAAAGAGAUCUCCGAUUAUCAAUUGAUCGAUGUCCUAAAUGAUCACCUCUGCUAUGUGGUCACGGAUAAGCGAACUCCAUGGCACCUGCCCUUCAAGCGGUCGUUCAGGCUGGUCAGCAAAAUUGUCAUCACCUUCAUAGCUAAAGGGAAGAGUAAACUUUCCAUCUAUACGAAGGUGGAAUGGCUGUGGUCACCUUGCGGUCUGCAGAGUGUCAUUGACAAGCAAGCCACGGGUGAUUUGGAACAGGAUGCCUUGGAUCUACUAGAUUUGGUUGGUGACCAGGUGCGCAGGCUUGGGGCUCACAGUCGAACCAAGAAGGCCAUUACCAUCUUCGGCCACGUCGGACGCCAGGGUUCUGUAUCACAAUUCUCCGGCCAACCGGAUUUUAAAAUCGAGCCUCGCAAGCCUCGAACCCAAAGAACGCUAGUGCAGCUGCUCUACGAGAUCUUUGUCUCGUUCCUCGAGAGCGCCAUUUCAUCUGUGAUGUUGUGGACGUUUGCUCUCCUGCAGUGGUUAUGGAAGACUACGAGUGCGCACAAGGUAAUCCUUCUGUUACUAGUAUCAAGCAUGUUCAUGAACGGACUCUACACGUCGCAGGAGGCCUAUGAGUGGUGGCAUGAUCGAAACGCCGAAAAAUUCAUGGCCCGUCUAGGCGUCCACCCGGAUCAGGUCAUGAGCAAAGCUAUCUACAUAAGAGAUAUUGACGAUGCACUUGCAAACACAACAAUUGGACAGACCAGCAAUAACGCAAGCGAGUGCUUUGCUACUUUCCAUCAGCAGACACUAGGUGGCGACGGGGCCUCGCGCUCCCUCGGUGUCUCGAGUUCGAGGGACUCCAUGACCAAGAGUGCAGCCCGACGACUGCAGCAGACUCGCGAACGGCUCGCCUUGUAUCGCCACAAUCUCUUGGUGGCUCUCCGCGUGGUCAACAGUAUCGAGAAGGAGGUCAUCGAGAACGAAUGGGAGCGCUGGCUCCGACAAGAGCUGCGGCGAUGUCGUCAGGUGGAAGUUCUUCUCGGCAAGACCAAAGCUGGCGACGAGGUCGAUCUGCAGGCAGACCGCAUGGGCCAGACCAUCUUUGCCGGCCUCUCCGGCGACGUCAGACAAUGGUACGACCAAUACUGCACGAGUUGCCAGCGGGAACAGGAACAACUCGUUGGCGACCACCGGAUAUCCGAGGUUUCAUAG